AUGGUAGCGACUAAAGGUGCUUCAACAUCACGCGGUGUUCGACUUCGUUUUAAACAGAAACUUGUUUCGGGAAUGUCGAAACAAAUAGCAACAACCGAGUUGGUCAAACGCUUGAAGACAUUACAUGAAGAAUUAAAGAAGAUCGAUCAAGAGGAGGUCGAUACGGAUUCACUUGCAAGUGUAACCAAAGAGUUGAUCAACGAAUCGCUAACUGGACAUAAAGAUAAAAGCGUCAAGGCAUAUGUUGCAGCUUGUUUAGCAGAUGUACUGCGGCUUCAUGCUCCUGAUGCUCCCUAUACCGACGGAGAGUUGCGGGACGUCUUUGAUUUUUUUGUCCGUCAGCUUCAGAAUAUAAGUGACACGUCAGGACCCUAUUUCGACACCAUUUUUCAUCUUCUUGAAACCUUAUCUACAGUAAAGAUAGUGCUUCUCAUAAUAGAUCUCCAAGAUAGUGACGAAUUGAUGAAUCAAUUAUUUCACGAUUUCUUUGAUGUAAUCAGGCCAGAAAUGCCUAAGAAUGUACACAAGUAUAUGUUAGAGAUAUUGUACCAAUUGACUGAGGAGAGUUCAUCUCUUCCGAAAAAUGCAUUCAAAGUCAUUCUGUCUCAGUUUGAUGAACGAAAGGACGAGAAUCCUGCUGCAUAUAAAUUGGCAUAUGAUUUAUGUAACAGUGCUAUUGACAAGUUACAGAGAUGUGUAUCUCAAUAUUUUACACACGUUAUAGUGUCUGCUGCGGAAAAGAGCGGGGCGUCGCAAGAAGACUUAAAUAGCUUUAAGAGUGCACAUGAUUUGAUCAAAGGACUUAAUCGAUCUGUGCCAAAGCUGCUAUCGAAUGUAAUUCCACAAUUAGAGGAGGAAUUAAAACUUGACGAUCUCAAUUUACGUCUGGUUGCGACGCAAGUUCUUGGCGAAAUGUUUGCCGAGAAAGGCUCAACUCUUGCGAUAGACUAUGAUAGUCUAUGGAAAACGUGGUUAUCAAGACGAAAUGACAAAGUAGCUGCUGUGCGUAUUGCAUGGGCUGAUCACUGUCUAGCCUUAUAUCAAAAUCAUCCUGAACUUGCGAAGCAAAUUAAUGACGCAAUCCGUUCCAAGAUGUCUGAUCCAGAUGAGAAAGUACGAAUUGCGUUUUGUAAGAUAUUCAGUCAAAUAGAUUAUGAAAGUGCUUUAAAACUUGCGGAUAAAGAACUACUUGAAGUAUUGGGAAGCCGUUGUCGUGAUAGAAAGCAAGGCGUUAGACAAGAAGCAAUAAAUUCUCUCGCCCGACUGUAUAAUCUGGCAUUUAUUGAAAUAGCUGGCUCUGAGGAAAAGGUCAUGGAGAAGUUUGACUGGAUACCAAAAGAGAUACUAAAUACAUUAUAUACAAACGAUAACGAAAUUAUAGCUUGUGUAGAAAAGGUCUUGCACGAACAGAUUCUUCCGCAUAAUUCUGAUGUCUCUGCUCGUGUAGAGCGCAUGCUAAUUGUACUUCAGAGCUUAGAUGGGAAGGCUAAGAAAGCCUUCUUUUCUUUAUUUCAACGACAAAGGGAUGCCAUGAACGAAAUGGAUAUAUACUUAAGAAUGUGCGAAAAAUAUAAGGGUGGAGAUGGCAAGGAAGAAGAAAAGGUGGCCGUCCUCCUUGCUCAAGUGGUAAAACGAAUAGCAGGCAAACUUCCUGAUCCGCCGAAAUCGAUCAAUCAUUUGUCUAAUGUAGCUAAACUGAACGAUAUCAGAUUGUACAAAUUAUUGCGAGAUCUAAUGAGCCCGGAGUCUGAUUAUAAAACUGUCAAGAAAGCCGAAAAAGAUGUGUUCAAGUAUAUAGAACAAUCAGCCGCAUCAGCUCUAGAGACGUUCUCUAUUCUCAUACGACGAGUAAGUUUGACCAUAUUUAAUGGCGAUAUUGUUCCUCUAUUAUUACACAAGUUGAGGGAUUUGUCGCCAUCAACGAGCUGGUCAAAGGACAUUGUAUCAACUACACAGGAACUGCUUAAGGAUAUUUCAUCACGAUUUCCUGCACUUUAUCGCGCUCAUAUUGAUGAGUUGACGCGUUUACUAUCUGAAGAUCUAAACGAUAUAUCGGUUGAGAAUACGCUGGAAGCAUUGGCCAAAUUUUCUAAAAUAUACCCCGAUGAAACCCCCCAAGACAUCCAAGUUGCACUCUGCUCCGUUCAAUCAUACGAAGAUAGGAGUGACGAAGUUACAAAUUUCAUACUUAAUGAAUUGAUAUUAAAGAAUCGGCAUGAGGCUACCCCUAAUGAGCCAGAAUGGGUAAAGGAUGAAGAACUUGACGAUGAAUGCAAAGCUAAGGUGCUUGGUUUAAAAAUACUCGUUAAUCGGCUCAUCGCACGUCCUGAAGAUGAGGCGGCGGAAGAUCUAGCGAAACCGGUAUUUAAGUUAUUAUGGACUUUAAUAAGAGAAGGCGGUGAAUUUCUUCCUGACAAAUCAACAAGCCCAACAUUCCAGAGUCGAUUAAGGCUUGCUGCUGCUAAAUCAGUAUUAAAAUUAGCGCGUAAAAAGGUCUAUGACAAUAUGAUACCUGUAGGCAAUUUUAAAGAAUUGGCACUGAUGAUACAGUUGUUAUCAGCUGAGUGCGCGGUUUCUGGCUAUAUUCUUUUUGGGGAAGAUAACCUGGCAAUGUUCGAAAUGGCACUAGUUCGUCUUAUAUAUCUACUUUCUCAUCAUCCGGAUUUCUCCUGUGAGAUUAAAGAUCUUAUUGAUGCUAUGAAGUAUAUUGAUUUCUUCCUUGAUACCAUGGCCAAUGCGGACAAUAUGUCAUUUCUGUAUUAUAUUGUCGGUCGGUUGAAGCAAGUACAAGAUAUUGACCCGUCGGUGAAAAGUGAUAAUUUAUAUACACUCAGUGAUUUAGCACAACAUCUGAUUCGAGAGAGAUGCAAAGCAUCUUCGUGGACGCUGUUAUCAUUUCCGAAUCAAGUUGCGCUACCGAAAGAUAUGUUUCGUCCCCUUCUUGACGCACCAGCCGCUGCUGAGAUAAUGGUUAAGAAUUAUUUGCCAAAAGAUUUCAUGAAAGUAUUAGUGAAGCGACAAGGGCUAGGAUCAUCGAAAGAUAAGGUUAAGAGGAGUCAAAGAAACGAGUCUAAAAAAGCCGAUACGUCAGCUCGGAAACGUCGGCGAGCCGAUGAUCAGACGUGA